AUGGAUGUGAAAAGAACGUUGAUGAAGCUUACUGACGAUCUGUUGAAUGUGAGAGGUCCAGUAACGAUUAGUAUCAAUAAAAGCACUCAGGUAUUUAAUACAGUUUACCCGGGAUACUGGUUCAGAUUACUUAUUUUUCCCGAGGGAACGGAUUUGAACACCAGCUCGUUGGCCCGAAGCAAUCAGUUUGCGCGGAAAAAUAAUCUGCCUUUCGUGAGCUACACCAUGCACCCACGAUGUACGGGAUUUAUCUACCUGGUCAAUCUUCUUGGUCAAGGUGAGUGUUUCAAUGUGGUGGUUCUUAUGUUCUUUGCUGCUACUGCCUGUUCCGCUCCUAAGAUUAUCUGCCCGAUUCAGUACUACACAAACAACUAUUCUGGCUUGUCGUUGUGCCUACCCAGCUGCCGUCUACCGCACCGUGCCGCGUUUGCAGUUGCGACUCCAAGUUGGAGGAAACGACGUGGAGGGCAGCAGAGGAUGUGGAGACGAGGAAUGAAAAAAAGACGUACGGAGUGA